AUGGCCUGCCUUGUAUGGCUGAUGACCUCAAUUCCGCCUGUGAGAAGUCAUGUGGCUUGCAGACUCCUAAACCAGUGUGAAUUUAGAGGACACAAGCUCAAACAUCACAAGUAUGGCGACGGAAACCCUGCUUUUUCCAUCGGUGCCCUUGGCAUAGGAUUGUGGACCAAACAGGUCAACAAGAUCAUUACUACACUGGCCAAUGAAACUUUCUCCAUUUUGUAUCAGAAUGAAGCCCUGAAAACGACAGCGGAAGUGGCUCUUCAGAUCUUUUUGCUUUGCCAGCUUGGGGUUGGGACUGUGGCCAACAUCCUUCUGUUUGUCCAUAAUUUCUCUCCUAUCUUGACUGGCUCUCAACCGAGGCCCAUACAGGUCCUUUUCACCAACUUAGCUGUGGCCAACGCCUUGAUUCUCCUCAUCUUGGCGUUCCCAAGCAAUGUGACUGUUGUUGUCCCAAGGGAGCCCCCAACUGACCUCAAAUGUAAACUUGGGUACUUCCUCCAUGUGGUGGCUCGAAGCACCGACUUGUGCUCCAUCUGUGUCUUAAGCAUUUAUCAGUUUAUCACUCUUGUUCCUCCUAACUGGGGUAGAGUGAUGCUCAGAGCACUAGCACCUAAGAUUGUGAGUUAUUCUUGUUACAGUUGUUGGCUGUUCGGUGUCUUAAAUAAUGCUUACAUCCCAAUGACCAUCACUGGUCCACAGGAUACAGGCAAUGACACUGGUUCCCAAAGCAAGUGGGUCUGCUCCACCUCUGCUUUCAGUGUAGGCAUGGGUGUCUUGCGGUGUACCCAUGACACAGUGUUCAUCAGCAUCAUGGUCUGGGCCUGUGUCUCCAUGGUGAUUCUUCUGAACAGACACCACCAGAGACUGCAGCACAUUCAUACCCCUAAUAGGAACCACAGAGGCUAUGCUGAGAUCAGAGCAGCCCACACCAUCUUGAUGCUGGUGGUCACAUUUGUGAGCAUGUACAUUCUAGACUGUAUUAGUGCUUUCUUUCAUGCUUUUUUUGUGGACUCUCGUCUCUGGUUUAGGCGUAUCAAUGUAGUUUUAGCUGCAAGCUUCCCUACCAUUUCUCCCUUGCUGUUGAUCAUUAGGGAUCCUAGGAUUCUCUGGUCUGUGCUCUUCAGCUGA